UGUGCGUGGGAAAGUUGUUGGUAGUAGAAGUGCCACGUCUCCGAAGAGGGGGGAGUCCUCAACUUGCCAGAGGUCCUCGGCCCUAAUUCUUCAGCUAAAUUUUAACUCUAUGAAGUCAGGGGCCCUUUCUCUGUUUUCGUAGGGACUUCUUUCCAGCUCCAACAACAUGAGGUUAUUCUUGUGGAAUGCGGUCUUGACACUGUUAGUCCCCUCUUUGAGUGGGGCUCUGAUCCCUGAGCCAGAAGUGAAAAUUGAAAUUCUCCAGAAGCCGUUCAUCUGCCAUCGCAAAACGAAAGGAGGGGAUUUGAUGUUGGUGCACUAUGAGGGUUACUUAGAAAAGGAUGGCACCUUAUUUCACUCCACUCAUAAACAUAACAAUGGUCAGCCCAUUUGGUUUACCUUGGGCAUCCUGGAGGCUCUCAAAGGCUGGGACCAGGGCUUGAAGGGAAUGUGCGUAGGAGAGAAGAGAAAGCUCAUUAUUCCUCCUGCCCUGGGAUAUGGAAAAGAAGGAAAAGGUAAAAUUCCCCCAGAGAGUACAUUGAUAUUCAACAUAGAUCUCUUAGAAAUUCGAAAUGGACCAAGAUCACAUGAAUCAUUCCAAGAAAUGGAUCUCAACGAUGACUGGAAACUCUCUAAACAAGAGGUUAAAGUGUAUUUAAAGAAAGAGUUUGAAAAGCAUGGUGCAGUGGUGAAUGAGAGUCAUCAUGAUGUUUUGGUGGAGGAUAUUUUUGAUAAAGAAGAUGAAGACAAAGAUGGAUUUAUAUCUGCCAGAGAAUUUACAUAUACACAUGAUGAGUUGUAGAGAUAUGUCUGCCAAUGUUAUAGAACAUUCAUCUUUAAAGAGAAGGCUGUUGUCCUUAAAGACUUAUUUUUUAACAUCAUUCUGGUUUUUGUGUGUGUGUGUGUGUGUAUACACACACACACACACACACACACACACAUAUAUAUAUAUAUAUAUAUAUAUAUAAUUUUUCUGGCUAUGAUCUAAAGAACCCCUCAGGGUUUCCAAGUACUCGUUUCUUUGGGGUAAGUUAUUGGGGAAAAAACAACUAAUUUGUCUUUGAAUAGAAGACUUCUGGGCCAUUUUCUGCUUUCACAUAUGAAGCCUUCUUUUACUUGUUUUGUUGCAAUUUGAAAAUAUUGUAACUGGGAACAUGGCACAGCAUGAGACCAGGCUAUAGCAUAAAUUAGCCCCCUUCAUUUUUGCUUCCCUCUAUUUUCUCAAAGUUAGAUACUGACAUAUUUGAAAAACCUUUUGCAAUAGCCCAGGGCUUGCCCUUUACAGGUUAUAAUGAAAGAGUUUGUCUUUGACUGCCUCUGAAUCUCUGCUUGAGGACAGAAUGAAAAGGGUGGACUUUUAUUUGUUGACAGCUACUGUUUUACUAAGGAGGUGUGCAAUGCUGAAGUAAGAGUUGGGAACUAGGAGCAGAUGUGCAUUGGAAUAUUCUGCCUAAGACUUAGGCUUCAUAGAGUUGGAUUCCUCAUGACUAAUGGCCUGUUAAGAUAAAUGGACAAAUCAUUUAUAUGUUUCUUUAUUUAUAAUGAAAUACCAAAUUAUUGUAGUUGUGGUAAAAAGUUUGUAUUAUAUCCAAUGUUUACUUUUUAAGCCUAGCAGAUUACUCUCCUGGUUCUUUAAUGAAUACAGUUUACAACAAGUAGAUUAUUGCAUAAUAAUGUUGUAUUAUAAGAUAAAUUAAUAAGCCAACAAAUUUUUCGCAUUUAUGACUCAUCAAAAAGUGAGGUAGACCUUUAGCAGCUACUAUUGAAUAGACACCUAUCCUGGUUUUAAAAAGUAAUGAUUUUUAUAAUAUUAUCUCAAAUUGACUUUUAUCCUUAAUAUUUAAGAAAGAAGUCCCCAGAUCUUCAUUUACUAGGAAUAGUCCCUUAUAGUUUACAAAAUCAUCAAGUGCAUUAUUGUUAUUAGUUUGUGUGUGUGCUGCUGGGUGUAGAAUCCAGGGCGACGCACACUUGAGGCAAACUCUCUGCCACUAAAUUUUACUCCCCUCCCAUCAAGUGCAUUAUAUUGUCUUUGAUUCUCGUUGCUCUGAAGUCUAUGCAAUAAGCUGGAUCUUACAGUUUCUACUUAGAGAUGAGAAAACCGUCAUUCCAAGAGAUGGAUUAUUAUGUCCAAGGUCAACAGUUAACAUGUAGAACCAGUUUACAGUCCCUAAAUUCGGUGUCUUUCUGCUGCCCUCUACUAACGAAAGACUGGGUAAAUCUGUUUGAAUCCAUUGUAGCUAGGGUCCUUAUCCUUUGAAACUGUUCCCUGGUUGUUUCUGGAGAAUUAGAAUUUUCCCCAUGAUUCAGGAAUGGCCCUGACUUCAUAGAAAAUCUCAGGAUUGGCUCUGAAUUGCCUCAGAUACCCCAAACAGUGAGAGGUUCCAGAUGUUAUGUUACCUUCGUUCUUUUAUUCCUAUUUACUUCCAUUUUUUAAAAGAAUUAUGAACAAUUAUAUAUAUGCUGCUUUCACUGAUUACAUAUUGAUAUUUUUCUCAAUAACACAUGGAAUUCUUAGAAGGCUAUAUACUACAACACCUUUCUCUGAAUAAAUCACUUCUAUCUUGAAAAUUAUUAAGUCAUUACUCCAUUUUCCUGCACCUGGAGAGGUUCUAAGUCAAGAUACAGAAAGCAUCAUGUUGAAUCACAAAGGAAAGUAGCUUGACCCGUGGUGCUACUUUGUAUAGACAUUACUGAUGUCAUCUAUGUGACAGUGAGAAAAGUAAAAUAAAUUUUGAUUAUUUCGGAAGCAUAUUUUUUUAUCUUGUGUGAAUUUUUAUCAAGUCUCAUCUAAACAUUUGUACUUAAGUACAAAAUGAAAACUUAUACAUAUAUUGUGGUUGUGUUUAAGUUGUCUGCAUUUUUGGUUUAGCUGUACCUUUGUACCCUUCCAUUAGUAGGAGUGAUCUGACAUGAACUGUGACUUCACAUGUAUAUAAUUUGACUCACUGUUACUGUUCUGUGUGUCAUAUUUAAGUUUAUAUGACUAUGUUGUAGUAUUUUUUUCAAAAUAAAGUUUAUUUGGGAAAUAA